AUGAGGAUAUCUCGGUUCAUUUUGGCUUUCGCAUCAUUUGCAGUUAUAGCUCAAGUUGAUUGUUCAGAUAUAGUCUCUCAAAGCUUGAUCGCUCUAUUUGGAAUCAGCAACUUCUAAAACACAUUAAAUCACAAUUUUCUUAAAGACAAUUCUGAUCUAAUUUACGCUCAAACUGCAUCUAUGCUGACUACUUUACCAUUUAUCGCCACUCAAGGCUAUGCUUAUGCAAUGUAAGACUAGGACAGUGAUCUAUCAUUUACAGGGGAUUAUGUAACUGCUAAUUAAGCUAGAAUUCAAGAAUUUAAAAACUUUUAGUUUGGAAUCUACCAAGGUAUAGUAACCAAUACUGGAAACAGAGACUGUGCAAAUCUCUAUACGGAAGCUUAUUAAGUUCUCAAAGAAGCUCACGAUGCACUCAAUAAUAUCAUUGAGUAUCAAACCAUCGGGUAUUUGCCUGCUCUGAAAGAUACUUUCAGGUAGGCUUGUUAAAGUAAUGGUAUGAUAACCUGUAUUUCAGCUACUGAAGUGCUUUUAAGAAUGCUCAACGGUGAUAUACAAUUGCAAUCUUGUGAUAUCCCCAAAAUGUUUUAUGACAAAGACCCAACAGAAUCAAUUAGGGGUUGGAAAAAUUACCAAAUGCUUGUGACAGCCCACACCUUAUAUAUAGCAACAUUAGGAAUUGGAAUGAGUGCUGCAAGUAAUAUCAUUGAAAGCAAUGACCCAAAUUAAUGGUUGAAAAUUUAAGAUAGAUUCCAACUUCAAAUAGUGCAAGCUGUGAAGAGAAUUAGAUCAUACUACGAACAAGCUCUGAGUGAAACUAUGAUGAAUGCUUAGCUUAUGCUUGUCAAUGAUAUAAAGAGAGAUGACUACUAAUCACAAAAUCUCUAAGACAUUGUUAGUAAUGCGAGUCUCUCCCUUAAUCUAUUCUUCAACUAGAAGAAAUGGUUUAUAUAAGCAUAUUCCAAUUAAGCGGGAAUUCAAAGUUCUAAGUGCUAAGACUGCUUUUAUCUUUAUAAUGUUAACUAGACCUACAACAUAUUUGUUGCAGCUGUUGACUCAACAUCUGCAGGUAAUAUGGAUAUUAUCAAUAAGAAUUGGCUCUCUUUAAUCUAAUAGGCAACAGACAAGACUAGUCUUGUUAAUACUGCAUUUAACUCUGAUUGCCUUUUUGGAAUUACAGCAACUGACCUUAGUGCCAACCAAGCAUGGUCUUUCCCUGAUAAUUGGAAGGGGUAUAGAUAAAUUACUAAUUAGUAUCAAGUACUUUUGUGGUCAGUCCAAGGAAGAUGUCCUAAAUCAGAAGGAUGA